AUGCAAGAGCUGGCAUCUGCUAUUCGUCUUUCUUGCUCCACACUCCAGCAAGAGCUAAUGCAAGCGCAGGAAGUUGUUGCUAGGCUAAAGAACUCCAACGAAUUCGAUCAAAUUUGCAUUUCUCUGAUUGAGAACUAUUCGGCUCUUAAUUUGGAGCCACAACAUGUCUUUGCCGUCGUGAUCCAGCUCCGUUUAUGGGUUAAGGUUGAGGAUAAUAUCAAGGGAGUCGGGGAACUUGUAGCCUUCAGUGAGAAGCUUAUUGUGCUGGCCCACUCCGCAUUGAAUGUUCAGAUCCUAAAGCUUAUUGCAGAGACACUUGCUUUAGCAAUCGCGCACAUUGACACUCCUACUUUGUGUACCCUUGUUUCCAAGCAUAUUGGAACACUUAUUGCAAACAGCUCUGUGACGCUCACCGAGGACGCCUACCUCAAGGAGCCCUUGCCGAUUGGCAACGUUACGACUAACUCCGCAUACAUCCAGAAGCUUGCAAGUAUUUACAUUCUAGCAACGGUCGUAGCUCGCUUCCGUACAGUGACAAACAACCGCAACAGGCUCGACCAGAUUUUAUCUGCAGAUUGCAUUAAUGGCCUUUUGAAGAAUAUCAGGACAUCAGGGAGUUUCGUAGCUCGCUCUGCCGCAGAUUACGCCUUUCAGUACAGUUUGAUGAUAUUUACAUAUUCUUUUUCACCAAUGAUUGUGACAACUAUUUGCAUGCAGAUCGAAGAGAUCUACUACACUAUCCAUAAGGCUUUUGAGCACACGCUAGCCGACGGACAGUACCUCCAGUCGUCUCUUUACACGGUAAUAAUCUUUAUCAUUUUCUAUCAAAACCUAUGGCUGGCUGAGUUCAGGGUUAGAAACCGGCCGCUGGCUAUGCGUACCACUGAACUAAAUGCCCUCUUGGAGUUUUGGAAGACCCAUAGGCUCAAUGAUAGCAUCUUCCAGCUCAUGCUGAGUUGCUUGGAGUUUUUCUCGAACAUGAUGUUGAAGCCCUUGCCCAUGUCCUUGCACAAUGUGACCUGCGAACACGUCCUCGGCUUAAUAUAUAGCUUUAUUUCAGUGAUUGUGAAAUCUAUUGAUCCGGUGUCCCAGUUAGACAACAUUAUGCAUCUCACCAAAAGAAUUCUUUCGAUCAGCGACAUGCUCAUGCACAAGGUUCUCGGUGACUAUCUAUCUCAGUCGAGUCUUUGCGAGCAGCAGAAGCCAAUAAAGUUGUUCUCAAGGGAGCCCAAGGAAAUAGCUGCUCUUGCUACGGAAGAGGUGGAAGAGCUGUUUUAUGUUACGUUUGGGUCAUCCGUGAGCAUGACAAAAAAAGACGCCGAGGAAGCUGAGCAGCUGUCUCAGAUCGAUGUCGGCAUAGACUUUAAGAUACUACUAGAUGAGAUUGUCAAAACAAAUGCAAGUGUGAUGAAAGUUUUGUCCGAGGGAGAGCUUCAGAUGAUACUCACCAAGUUGUCUGAGAUGGCGAAGCAGCUUCUCCACGGACCUGUCGCCGCAGCAUCCCAGUUAGGUCCGCUCACUCGGAUAAUUUCAAUUGACAACACGUCUACUGUAGAGUUUUUCAUUGCUCUUACGAAUGCACCAGGCGCACUCCUUCAACUAUGCAAGAUAGUCCCGGAUGCAGAAAGCCAUGAAUUUAAUAACAGGGUAGGAGAGCUUAUCAAUCUACUGCUGAGCAUAGGUCCUUAUCUCUCGUCGUUUUUAAACAGCAGGAUCUUUUGGCUGAUAAAUGAGUUCAUGACGGGUAACAUCAUCAUCAACGAAUCGUUGCUGCUGCCUAUGCUGCCCAUGCCCAUCCUGCAGCAUCUCGAGAAUAGCAAGAGUAGCACCGAAGCCUACCUAGCUAUCGUCUUGUGCAAAAGCCUCAUGACCCGUCUCUAUAUCUCGAUAGAGUUUCAGAAGGAUGAUCCUAGCACAGAUGUUUCUUCCCUGCUUAGCAAUAUUCAGCCGUCUGUGAUGAUAAGCUCCCUGGCCACAAUGCUUGCAAGGGUUCCUUCUGACGCUACGUUUCACGCCGACCUAUUUGAGUUGCUAACCUCUUCGUUGGAGGUUUGCAGCUUCAUAGACCCGGUGAGUACUAAUCAGUGCUUAGAGAUGCUUCUACGGUCGAUUGUCCAAGGCUGGGAAGCCCAAGCCCCCGGAUAUGCGGUGUUUGAUGACUACUACAGGCAGAACGAUACAAUACACCCGUCCCUCCUUACAACCAGCAAUAUUCUGGCGACCGUCACGACCAUUUGCAUCUCAGCUUCGAUCCCGUUGUCGCAUGCCUUCUUCUGCUAUGUCUGCUCUCUUGUCAAGCACAUUUUUUGUUUUCUGCAUCCAAUUCUGGAGUUCGCCUACUCCAACCUUCUAACGACUGCUGUAUCAGCCCUGAGUGCAGUCUAUAGCUCAAAGAGCAUCUACCACCAAGAGGAUGCUAUCAAGCAAGCCAUAACCCGCCAGCUCCUAGCAACCAUAGUUGAAUUCGUCUUGCAAUAUGAUGAGGAGUUCGAUCUUCUUCCAGAGUGCCUUCCUCUAUUCAUCACUAUGACUAAUUAUUUGGGAGUUGUUGGGGAUAAAGAGGUGAUUAGCUUUAUCCAGAGUUCGUUCACACUGCAAUUAGCUGCUAGCCCUGACUAUCUCUUCACGUCUAGAUUGUUGUCUGGUGCAUACUUCGCAGGAUUGUUGACAAAUUUCCUAAUGGCAUCUCCAGGGACGGAUAGCUCCCUCAGAUUACCGCCAGACAGCUACAUAGCGAUUGUAGACGCAGCAAUGGGCUCCUUUUUCGAUAUUACCGUCUCUAGUAGGCAGGGAUACUCGACUAUAGAGCAGCACAUCUGCGCCCUUCUGUACAUGUCCCUUGCUGCUGCUGCCCUUCUAGUUACAACCACACAUAGCCUAAUCUAUUUUGAGAAGUAUUCGUCUCAGAAGAUGGCCGCGCUAUUUUACACACUUCCUCGGACGCUUGUCCCCGACUUUCCCUCCUGCGACUUAGCAACAAGUACUUCCAUGCUUGUGAGAUCCUUGUUGGCAGGACUCACGGCUAUCCCGCAGGGGCAAGAGUUCUUGGCCGGCGGCGUCUACGGCCAAUCGCUGAAGCUCUCCACCCAGCUGCUCACAGCCCCUGAGGGGGAUGCUUCUGGGGGUAAGCUGGCCCCGUCCAGAGAUCAAGUUUGGGCCAGCAUUCUGCAGGCUGGAUUUCUUGCGGCGCCGGAGGAGGAUCCAUGUGCAGGCGCCGACACGUUCAGCCUGUUCGUCGAGGCGAUGGACCAGAUCGUCAGCGACUCCUUCGUCUACGCAGAGGCGAUCCUGCAGGUGCGGCUCGUCGGCGUCGCGCUCGAGCGGGCGGGCGAGUGA